GGGGGGCACCGGGUGACGGAUGACCGGGUGAGGGGGGCGAAGACGGCGCGGCCGCGAACCGGGUGAGGGGGUGACCAGGUGAGGGGAGCGAAGACUGGGCGGUCGCGGGCAGGGUGAGGAGAGAACUGGGUGAGGCGGACGGGCACGGGGAGGCCGCGGGACUGUGAGGGGCGGGCACGGGGCGGCCGCGGGCCGGUGAGGAGGGACCCCGGGAGGGGUGAGCACGGGCACGCCGCGCGGCCUCCAAAGCCACCCCUUCCCAGGCGUCAUGCGGGGCAAGGCCCAGCGCGCCCCUUCUAGGCUUCUCCGGCCCACCUCAGGGCUGGGCGGUGGAACAGCGCGCCCUACCCUGUUGUUUUCAGCCCCAAACCACCCUGGUGCAGGGGCAGCUCCGGAAGCGGACGCGCCCGCGUACCCGGCGCCGCGUGCCCUCCCGCUCCCAGAGCCGUGGGCUCCGCGUAGACGCCUUGACGCCCCUGGGAAGGCGCCCCUGCAGCGCGCUCGCCACCUACUGCCCCGUCCCCUGAGGAGUCGCCUCCCCACGCUGGGGCCGGGGCGCCUGGGGAAGGGUCACGUGCGGGAAGCGGAAGCCGGGCUCGCUCUGGGCUUCUCCCAGCCGGACCGCCCGAAUCCCUCCCACCCGCUGCCAGCCUGGCCACGGUCAUGGCUCCGCCCGGAGACCCGCGGCGCCUCUGCAGGCUGGUGCAGGAGGGCCGGCUGGGCGCCCUGCAGGAGGAGCUGCAGGUGGCCGGUGGCUGCCCGGAGAUGGCCGGGGACACUCUCCUGCACUGCGCCGCUCGUCACGGGCGCCAGGACAUCCUAGCCUAUCUGGCCGAGGCCUGGGACAUGGACAUGGAGGCUGCAAACCGAGACUACAAGCGGCCUCUGCACGAGGCCGCCUCCAUGGGCCACCGGGACUGCGUGCGCUACCUGCUGGGCCGAGGGGCGGUUGUCGACUGCCUGAAGAAGGCGGACUGGUGCCAGUAUGAUCCAGACUGCAAAGAUAACUGUGGCGUUACCCCCUUUAUGGACGCGAUUCAGUGUGGUCACGUCGACGUGGCCCGGCUGCUCCUGGAAAAACACAAGGUUUGCCUUUCAGCCGAGGACAGGCUGGGCGCCCAGGCCCUGCACAGGGCAGCAGUCACAGGGCAGGAUGAAGCCAUCCGAUUCUUGGUCUCUGAACUUGGUGUUGAUGUAGAUGUGAGAGCAACAUCAACCCACCUCACAGCGCUUCAUUACGCAGUUAAAAGGAAAUAUUUUGACCCAGUAUAA